AUGGCGGCGAGAGGCAGGUUCGGCGGGGUGAAGCGAGAGAACGAAGGCUUCGACUUUCAGUACCGCAUGUCCGUUGACAACAGAUACAAGAAGGCGGCUGAGGGGCGUCGCAGAUUGAGACUACUGACAACCUUGCAGUCGCUCUACUCCUUCCUGCGUGUGCUCAUAGCAGCAGCGCUCAUGGCGCGUCCUCUCAUCACAGCACGCCUGCACGGCAGCACGCAUAAGGGAACGGUGGCGCUGCAGGUGGACGUGAAGGAGUCGCUGGCAGCAGCGCUGGGAGCAGCUGCAGCUCUCACCGGAAAUCUAGCAUCCGGCACGUCACGAGCGCGAGUGCUCAAGCUUUACGCCACACUCUCCCUCAUGGCAUGCAUUGCCGCGCUCUUGCCACUCCUCACCGGGCCCCUUGUCUACCCGGAGAAGUGGUCGGCUGUGAGGAGCAGUGGCAGCAGCAGCGCAGAGGGAGGGCAUAGCGUGGGCCAGCUCUGGACGGCUGUGGCCACGGCAUGCAUUGCCAUAGACAUGGCAGGUGCACUGCUUCAUCUUGUGGUCGUUUUCUUCUCUCCGCUUUCCCUUCCCUUCUCCCCCCCGUUUCUCCCCACCAUCCCCUAUGGCGGCUGUGUUCCCUCCCCUAGAGCAUCCCCGAACAUCCACUUCCCACGAGCCCAGCCCCUCCCCGUCCCUCGUCAAGCAAGUAGUCCCGGCAUCUGGUCGCCGGCGGACCAGGGCGUGCCGCCGGGAAGCCUGCUGCUGCUGGCCGGCCGUUGCCUCCAUCGCGCCACGGCCGGCCUCUGCCCCGCCUCCACCUACCGCGUGCUGCCGCCCGCCUCCCCGGGAACCACCAGGUGCGCGCUCUCGUUCCGCCUCAUGCCGCGCCCAUCCGCGGUGAUCGACUGCGCCGUGCUCGCGCACGCGGGCCACGCCGUGCCCGCGGCCAUGCGCGAGAGUGUGUGCGCGGGGGCGUUCAUGGACGCGCUGGGCCCGUCCGCCUCCGCGGCUGACCCGGGAGACACGGACAGAGAAUCCAGUCUGGCUGUGUCAUGCAAGCUGGAGAAGUCGUCUCUUGCCUCCAUGGUCUCGGACCCUGUCUCGGGCUCGCUGCUAGACGAUGCGAUGGUGGCCCAGUGUGGGCAUUCCUUCGGCGGAGCAACACUCGCAAGAGUCAUGGACUCGAUGGUGUGUCCAUACUGCAUGGCGCCUGUUGACGUCAUGGCACUCAUUCCCAACCUUGCUGUGAGGUCCGUGGCAUCAUGUUUUGGAAAAGGCCUGCCACACCACACAGGGGUCGGGGCUGGGCCGGGCGCAAAGGCGCACAAGAGGAAGCGAGACAAGGAGCACACAGGGGAGGGCAAGCUGUUGCCAGACGGCUCCAUGCCCCAACCAAUCAAGCGCCGCCCCAAGCCUGAGGACUCGGGCCAUCUUGGAUCCCCUGAUGCUGAAGGGGGAGGCCGCCUGAGAGGCGUUCAAUUCCCCUUCUCCGUGAACGAAAAGGUCCUCAUUAAGGGGAACAAACGAACGCCUGAGAAGUUCUUUGGCAAAGAGGCUGUGAUCACCUCGCAGUGCCUCAACGGCUGGUAUCUCGUGCGAGUGCAGGACUCGGGGGAAAGCGUCCGUCUGCAGUAUCGCUCUCUCCAGAAGUGUGAAGGAUCGCCGGUGGAAGGCAAGUAUGAAGCACACCAUGCCAGCACAGCAGAAGCACAGGCGGAGGAAGCAGGAGCAGGCGGGGACGACAAGAGCUGGUGGGGCGAAGGGGGCGAGAAGCGCAUGAUGGGUGAACCAUCCGCCUCUCAGCCAAUGAUAGGCGACAUGUCAGCUGCACAGCCAAUCAUAGGCGAGAUGUCAGCCUCUCAGCCAAUGAUGGGCGAGAUGUCAGCGCUGCUCCAAGCAGACGAUGACUCAGACCACCCACCGUCCUUUUCAGACGACGCCCUUCUUCCCCACAACCCCUGCAACACCACUUCUCUAUCCCCAUCGCUGCUCGGCCAGUCGUUUGACAACUCCCAAAAGCCUUCCAGCAGCACUCCCCUCUCCCCAUCGCUGCUGGGACAGUCCCUCAUGCUGUCUCCACCGUCCAGCAGCCAUCUGGCCAUGCUGAGCUCACCGCCUAUGGGAGAUCGUGCAGCCAUGCUGACCUCACCGCCGCCGCCCAACAGCCAUGCAGCCAUGAUGAGCCCGCCACCGCCCAUGGGCGGGCGGCCUUCCAGUGUGGCGGAAUCGAGCUGCUUCGAGGCGUCUCAGAACCAGCAGGCUGGUCAUCCGGCAGCGCAUGUGCAGCAGCAGCAGCAGCAGCAGCAGCAGCAGCAGCAGCAGCAGCAGCAGCAGCAGCAUGAGCAGCAGGGGGGGUUGCUGGCCCAAGGGACGCAUGCACUGAUUGCUGCUGCUGCAGCUGUGGAAGCGGAGUGCAGGGAGGAAGCGGCUGGUGGGGAUGGUGGUUCUGGUGCCGAUGCUGCUGGUGGUGCCAGGGGGAAUGGUGGUGAUGAUGGCGGCAGAGCCGGUGGUGGCAGUGGGGGGGUUGGCAGUGGUUCUGGUGCUGGUGCUGGUGGUAUGGCUCCUGUUGCUGUCAGCGGUGGGGGAUACAGGGGCGCACAGGGCAGCAAGCAUGGGGGGCGGUCGGGCUCUAUGGCUGAUAGACGCCCAUCGGACCAGCAAGGGCCGCCGCUGCCCCUGUGGAUGUCACCCGAUACUGCCACCACGAUUCUGCACCAAGCGGUAUCCGAUGCUGGCAAUGGUGGCAGUGUGGAGCGUGGUGGUGGGGAGUUGGGAGCGGUGAACAAUCAGGCUGGCUAG